AACCGAGAAAUCAGCAACAAGUAUGACAGACAAACCGGGCAUGCCGACGGGUGGCGUAGACGACGCCGGGAGCAUCAUGGCGUUGCUGGAGCGCGUGGCCGGCCUCAUGGACAGUGUCCAGACCACGCAGCAGCGCAUGGAGGAGCGUCAGCUGGAGCUAGAGAACACCGUAAAGACCAUCCAGACGGACAUCGUCAAGCUGACCAGCGAACACGCCAACACCAGCUCCACCGUCGACCGGCUGCUGGAGAAAACGCGCAAGGUCAGCCGCCACGUAAAGGACGUUAGGGUGCGCGUGGAGAACCAGAACAUCAGGGUGAAGAAGGUGGAGGCCACCCAGGGUGACCUCCUGGCCAAGAACAAGUUCAGGGUGGUCAUUUAUCAGGGCGACCAGGAGGUGAAGGCCGUGGCGCCCGGCAGCGAGCCUGCAGAACCCAGCACCAGCACCGACGCCAAAGCCGAGGUGGAGCCGGACAAGUUUGAUCUCCCUCCGGAGUCGGACGAAGAGUACAUGGUGGUGGAGGAGGCGGAGUCCUCAGCGGCCGGCCGCAUGAAGAAGACGGGGCUGACGCGCAUCGAGAGCUUCAAGGCCACCUUCUCCAAGGAGAACAUGAGCAAGACCCGCGAGAACCUGGGCACCAAGGUCAACAAGUUCGGAGAGCGCAUCGUGACGGCCGAGAGGCGCGAGAAGAUCCGCCAGUCCGGCGAGAGACUGAAGCAGUCGGGCGAGAGGCUGAAGGACACCAUCAGCAAGAGCGUCCCCGCCAAGCUCAACCUGAAGAAGGAGAGGACUGUGGCGGAGGGCCAGGAGGGGGCCGAGGGCACCGCGGAGGGGGCCACGCCCGUCCCUCCUCCCAAGGGCCGCAAAGGCAGCCCAGACGCCGCCAAGGAGGCCGAAGAUGAGGGCAAAGCGGAGGAAUCAGAGGUGCCAAUGUACGACAUGAAGCAGCUAUCGUAAACUGGGACAAUGACGAGAUCUUUGGACCACGCAGACGGAGGGAGACAAGUUUCUAAAGUGCAAGAGUGCAAAUAAGGAAGAUUAACAUUUGUUUGAAGGGAAGCAGGCCGCUCACAGAUCUGACGGAACAUCAGCAGAUUUAUAUAUCGGCUUCUUUUGUUUUGUGUUCAAUAAACACUGACUUUGGGAAAUAAAUGAACAAAAGUGUUCAGAGUUCACAAAACUUUCCCAGCAUCACAACGCUGCUGUUCACGUGGUUUGCAUGUCGGAGAAGUUGAAAUGUUGGAGGAUAAAACUGUAACGGGGUCCUGGUAUGUUCGGUGGCUUUGCACUCAGUGAAGGUGAAAUGAUUAAAAGGUUGAAUUGAAAGAACGUAUUCAUGUUUGGAGGCCAUGACGAGAGGCUGAUGGUACAAGAAUUUGGACCUUUUGAUUCAAGUCCUGGUCCUGGCUCUGGUUCUGGUCCUGGUUCUGGACCGGAGACACUCAGGCUUCAACUCACGAUCAUUUUUAAUAUCUAUUUCUUAAUAAAUGGUUAUAAAAUGUAAGUAGAAUAGUGAAUGUCCGUCAAACGUGUCCAAAGUCUUUAAAUGUCCAAAUAUUUUCACUUCAUUUGAUAUAAAACAGAGAAAAGCAGCAAAUCUCCAAGUCUUGAAUUUAAAGCAUUGACCUUAAUAAAGAUAAGAACUCGCAAUUUAUUCUGAAGGAAAUUCACUUUUUGAGUAAAGAGAAGGGCUGACAGAAUUCUGAGUGCUUUUAUUUUGAAGCAGUCUCAAAGCGAAACCAUUUCCUAAUACACACAUCUGUUAAAGAUCCCAUUUUCAAUGUAUCCCAGUCUUUUAUUUUGAAGUAAU